UGCUUUGUGUGAGCGAGCAGGUAAAGGAAGUGAAAGCUUCACAGCCAUCCAGUUUUCCCUUUUUUCCGAGAGCACUGAAUCUAAGAUGGCUGCCGACUCCCCCCUGAGAUCUGAGGCGGAAGAGCUCCAGAGGAGGGCCAACCAGGUGACAGAUGAGUCACUAGAGAUCACCAGAAACAUGAGGCUUCUUUUAGAAGAGAGCAAAGAUGCAGGGAUCAAGACGCUGGUCAUGCUAGAUGAGCAAGGCGAGCAACUGGAGCGGAUUGAAGAGGGGCUUGACCAGAUCAAUCAGGAUAUGAGGGAAGCUGAGAAAAAUCUCACAGACAUGGGCAAAUGCUGCGGCCUGUGCUCCUGUGAUAAGCUGAAAGACUUUGAGGCAAGUGGAGCCUAUAAGAAGGUGUGGGGUAAUAAUCAGGAUGGCGUGGUGUCCACUCAACCCCCAUCCCGUGUGGUUGAUGAGAGAGAGAAGAUGACCAUGAGUGGUGGAUAUAUCAGAAGAGUGACAAAUGAUGCCCGAGAGGAUGAGAUGGAGGAGAAUCUGGCCCAGGUCGGCAGCAUCCUCGGCAACUUGAGAAGCAUGGCACUUGACAUGCGGAAUGAAAUUGAUACUCAGAACAUCCAGAUUGAGCGCAUACAAGGGAAGGCCAUUGUCAACGAGUCUCGCAUCAAUGAGGCCAAUCAGAGGGCUAACAAGCUAAUAGCAAGAUAAAAAUGGAGAAGAGAUGGCAAUUGGAUAAACAAGUUUACAAGUGUACACAUCUGGAACACAAAAUACAGCCCCGAGGCUUUCUCUCAUUUUGAAAGCAACUGACCAUAGAAUGUUGUUUAACAUACGUAACCAUGUCUGUUAAGAUUAACCUAGCUGGAUUAAUUUAUUUUCUACGUUUGUAACUUUCCAUAAUAAUAAUAAUAAUAAUAAUAAU